CCAACACCACCACAGAAGAGGCAAACUUUUUGAGCCCUUCGAACCACCUACCCAUCAUGGGCACUCGAGGCUUCUACGUGUUCAAGUGGCGUGGCAGAUUCUACGCCUACUACAACCGCAACGACUCUUACCCUAGCGGCCUAGGAAAGGCGCUAUUACGACCCGUACCUCUCGACAACCCCGAGGCAUAUCGCGAAUGGCUUGAACAGACCCGGGAGAUCUUUUCACAGAUAGAAGCUAUCCUGGAGCGCCACAUCUUCUCGGUUCCUAUCGAGACAAUCCUGAGUCGAGACGAGCUGCCAUCGCUUCCAUGCUUGGGCGUGGAGGGUCUGGCGUACAUUCCGGAUUACUUUGAGGUCCUGAGCGACGGACUCUACGAUGAAUGGAUUUAUGUCAUCGACUUGGACAAGGAGCGUCUUAUCGUCAACGGGUGCUGCUAUUUCCACCUGGCCGAAAUAACCCCCAGCUGGCAGGACUUGUUGCCCGAAGCGAGGAAAUACUUCUUCGGCGAGCUCGACCGUGAUGCAAUACACUCGUCCAUCGCAGAGGACGAAGCUCCGGCAUCCGUGCUAGACUACGACCCGUCGGUCAAGUACCAGCAACUGAACCCCUCCAUCAUCGAGCCGAAGCGUAUCUCGCAGCUCAAUCGCAAGCCGCACUUCGUCAUGUGCAAGCGCCUGUUCGAGGUCCUGGUCAAGAAGUACAACGAUCCGAUGACUGCCACGAACGACACCGUAACAGACAAGAGCGACUUCCUCUUCCGAGAGUUGAUCUUCGCCAUGCUGUGCCUCGCGUCCUGCUCGACCGAUCUAGUCCGUCUGGUAUCGGGUCGCCAUAUCAUACACAAAUCGGGGUGGCGCUUCGCUGGCAUCUUGAAGGAUCCCCAACCCGAGUUUACGGCCUCGAUCUUCCAAGGCUUUCAUCUUCCAGACAAGCAGGCUGGAAGCGCGCCGAAGACGGACUGCUACUGGCUGUCCGGCGUCUUGGUCUACCUAGUGCUGGAGCUUGGUACCGAAGCGCUAGUACAAGAUGCGAUAAUCGACGUAGCCCAGCGGGGUAGGUCAGAAGGCCGCGAGGAAUUCAGCGCGAUCAUAGUCUCGGUCGAUCGUGCUGUGCUGGUUAGAGUGCUGGACGGGGCUGUGCAGCAUACGAGGAGGCUGAGGCUGAUCCAUAGAGAGUUGCGACAGAGGGGUUUCGGGAACGAAGAGAGUCGCUCCUCGAUCGAUUUAGACAAGCUCGUAUACAACAGCGAGGGAAAGUAUCCUCCGCUUAAGGGUGAUAGUGACUAUGAGGAAGCCGACCGCGGUAACGCGGAGGAAGCACCAAGCGCCGGAAACGCUGAGGACGGGUCUAACCAUGGAGACCGUGAUGAAGAAGCCGAGGGCGAUAAAUUGGAGAAAGCACCGAGCGCCGAAAAUGCUGAGGAUGAAUCGAGCGAGGGUAAGCUGAAUGAGGAUAAACUGGACGAGGAUAACUGCAAUGAGGGAUCAGGUGGAGGCAACGCUGGGGGAGAAACACCCGAGCAGGGGCAAUCUGUUCCCGAGGUUCAAGACACCCCCCAGAAGGAGAUCGACUGGUAUGAUCCGACGUCUGACCAAUCUGGCACAUUCGACGCGAUUGCCCAUCUUUUCGAGGCACAGAUUUGCCGAUCCCUUCGACAGGCGGCAAUCACGGACGACUGCCGAACGAGAUCUAUCGCAGAAUAGUCGAUUAUGUGGACGAGACCACCCAGCGAGCAUGCCUCCUCGUAUCUCGGGCGUUUCGAGACUACGCGUCCGAUGUCCUCUAUCUUAGCGAUGGGCUUAAGGGUGUCGCCGUUCCUAAUGCGGACCCGGAAUGGUAUCAUCCCAGCGUGGGAGCCCUAGGUCCAUUCAAUCCAAAGCCGCACAAGUGGCGAAACCCGAAUCCCUGGGGAUGGGGCCGAAGGCAAAUCAGCGUCCCGAUACAGUGGUUCCCCGUCAUCGGUCACGCGGACGGGACAGCGAGCUAUACGCCAGAAAUCUC